AUGGUUUCUUUCAGCAGCUCUGAAUGGAGGUCUAUUUGCGAAAAAUUUCGCCGUGCCCGAAAUCUCUCCGAGGUUGAAUCACGAAAAGACCCAGAUAAUGACCCGUUCCGCUCUAAGUACAACGCCAGGGAGCUUUUGAAAGAGAUAUACAGCGAUCUAAAGAACUUUGAUACUGGGGAAAAUGACAACGACGACAACGACCAGCCUGGAGAACAGCAUUCAGAUCCAGCAGAACCUGAAGGUGAAGGCAGUUGCAGCGGUCAUGCUGGUGAUUCUCCUGCCGGUCUAAGAGCAGCCAGACUGGGAGUGAUUGAGUACUACCUGGGGGUAAACCAUGUAGAGACAGAGGAGCUGUCUGCUGGAGAGGAACAUUUGAUGAAUUGCAUUAAAUUGUUGGAUAAAUGCAGCGUAUCACAAGAGAACGUCUCGGUGUUUAUUCAGGCCAGGAAUCAGCUGGGCAUUCUCUGGGCUGGUCGAGAUGAAAUCGACAAGGCGCAAGGGUUCCUGGAAACUGCGGAAUCUAUGUAUGUUCGGUAUAUGAAAGAGGAUGGCCAGCCCCCUUUGGACCUCACAGAUUUUUUUGUGGUAGAAGAGGAGGCGUUAUCACAGCAAGAAAGAACAAAGAGAUUUGAAAUGGCCUAUACCCACACCUUGUAUUACCUGGCUCAAGUGUACAAGAAUCUGGAACAGUAUGAGCGAGCAGGGCGCUACUGCCACAGCACCCUCCAGAGGCAGCUACAGUUCAACCAGUUUGUACCCCUGGAGUGGGCCAUCAAUGCAGCCACUCUGUCACAGUACUACAUCACCAAGUCCUGCUAUAUGGAGGGCCGGCACUGUUUGGCAGCUGCCACUGUCAUCGCCGGGCUGGCUGGGGACGUUCCCUCUGAGGCUGCAGCUCAGGAAAACGAGGCAGAAUCUGAGAAACGGGAGCAGCUUUGUCAGAAGAGGGCAGAAAUAUCCAGGUGCUGGAUCAAAUACUGCCUGAAUCUCCUGCAGGAUGCCAAGAAACUCCUGGAGGACAACAUUGGGGAGCUGGAUACGGACAGGCAGGCCGAGCUGAAGAGGUCGCGGCAGCAGGAGGAAGACGAGAAGGAGAGGGGGAGGAAGAGCGCGGUGCUGUUCAGCUCCAGCGACACCUUCGACUCCAUCUGCAGCCUGGAGGAGAAGGUGAGCUGCGCGUUCCCGCUGGACUUCGAGGAGGCGCGCGGCAUCUUCCUGACCGGCCAGGCCCACGUCACCCAGGCCAAGGAGUACUUCCAGAUGGACGGACACGUGACGGAUCACAUCGAGAUCUUGCAGGACCACAGCGCCCUGUUCAAGGCCCUGGCCUUCUUCGAGGAGGACCUGGAGCGGCGCUGCAAGAUGCACAAGAGGCGGGUGGACAUGCUGGAGCCGCUCUGCCGCGACCUGAACGCUCAGUACUACCUGCUCAUCUGCCGCCAGCUCCAGUUCGAGCUGGCCGAGACCUACUACGAGAUGAUGGACCUCAAGCUGGCCAUCGCGGACAAGCAGGACGAGCUGGACGCCCACUCCAUCAAGAAGUUCAACCACCUUUGCACGGCCUCCAUGAAGUACUACCAGAUGUUCCUGGACUCCACCCGCUCACCGGAGGGGAAGUUUCCAGAAAAGCUGGAGGACGAGGUGCUGCGCCCGGCGCUGGUGGCCAAGUUCCGCGUGGCGAGGCUGCACAGCCGGCUGAUCUCGGCGAGCCCCGUGGUGCAGCUGGAGAACCUCGGCAACUCGCUGAGCUGUUACAACUUCCUGGUGCAGUACUGCCAGGACCACCCCGAGGCCCGCCCGGCUGUGGAGACUGAGCUGGAGCUCAGCGAGGAGAUGGUCAGCCUCCUCCCGCUCAAGAUCAACCGCCUGAAGGCCAAACUGGUCUCCUCAAACUGAGGGCCAAACUGGCCCCCAGAAACCAAGGGCCAAAUUGGGCUCCUCAAACUGAGGGCCAAACUGGCCUGAUCAGUCCAAGGGCCAAACAGACCCCCUCAAACUGAAAGCCAUGCUGGCAUUGUCGUAAAUGAUGCAACUCCAGAGUGAAAGCCUUAUUGAUCUCUCUCAGUGCACUACACUCCCCCUAUAGCCAUAUCCACCUUUCGUUUCAGUGAUACGUGUAAAGUUAAGCUAGUCUUAUGUUUCUAAAGCCUCAGCUUUCAGUUAGAUACAAUGAUUCCUCCUCACCCCAUCACAGGUAUCUAUAAAUUUAACCUUUCCUCAGAAUGAGCAUGAUCUGCAUCCUGUUGUCUGUAGCUUGCAUUCGGUUAUUUUGUGUGACCAUGUCUGUGCACUCUGGCAUGAUAACAGUAGUAUUCUGUGUAUAAAAAAUAAAUAAAAAUAUUAACUUACAA